GGAGAUAUGAUGAACAUCAUGGAAAGGCUGAGGCCCCUUGUGGGUUUGAAGGGCUGGGAUUACUGUGUUCUUUGGAGACUAAGCCAAGACCAAAGGUUUCUGGAGUGGCUGGAUUGUUGUUGUGCUGGGACUGAUCAGAAUGUUCAGAGUGGGGGAGAAGAGUUGCUUUUUCAUGUUUCUCAGGUUCUUUCUUGUAGGGAUGUCAUGUUUCAGCAUCCAAGAACAAAGCCAUGUGAUCUUCUUGCCCAACUGCCUUCCUCCAUAACCCUAGACUCUGGGAUUCAUGCACAGACAUUAAUUGAUAACCAACCCAGGUGGCUGAACUUCUCUAGUAAUUCAGAUUCAAGUGUUAUGGAAGAAACAGUGGGUACAAGGAUUCUGAUUCCCAUUCCAGGAGGACUAAUUGAGCUCUUUGUUGCCAAACAAAUUUCUGAAGAUCAACAAGUCAUUGAUUUUAUCAUGGCUCAGUACACCAUCUCACUAGAGCAAGAAGCCAACACCAAUACAAGCAAUAUGGACACAAGCUGCUCCUCUGCUAAUGUUAAUUCGAUUAAUGAACUUCAACGAAAGCCAUUUUUACCUGAUGGAAAUGAUCAAAGGGACUCCAACAAUCAUUUCCAGCCACCCAUUUCCCCUGGAACUGGGUUGGAGAACUUCAGCCUCCCUUACAUCAUUUCUGUGGAUCGAAUCCGCCUAGACAGUUCCCAGAUGAAUUUUAUGCAGCAAGUUAACUACACACCUGAAAAUAGAGCAAAAGGUGAUAUCUUCUUAGAGGGAACAGAUGACUCGUUUCUCUCCCAUCAGGGGAUGAACCCGUUCAAUUCCUCAGCAGAUAAUGGGAUGUUCCAAGAUAUGGAUGCAUUGCAGAAGUCCAAUAUGAUGACAAGCACAGAAAGCAUAAAUAUGCAAACUAUGGAGCCUUUGGUAAACAAAGAGCAGUCAGGUAAUGAUAAGGAUUCUAUCAAACCAGAGACAGGUCGAUCAGAUUCAAUUUCAGAUUGCAGUGAUCAGAUUGAAGAUGAGGAUGAUCUCAAGUGCCGUCAGAGGACAGGGGAGGGGCCUCAAUCAAAAAACCUUCUUGCAGAGAGGAGGAGGAGGAAGAAGCUUAAUGAUAGGCUCUACGCUCUUCGCGCUCUGGUUCCCAAAAUCUCGAAGUUGGAUAGAGCUUCCAUCCUUGGGGAUGCAAUUGAAUUUGUAAAGGAGUUGCAGAAGCAAGUGAAAAAUCUCCAUGAUGAGCUUGAAGAGCAUUCGGACGUUGAAGGUGCUAAGAACAUUAACAGCACCAGCAAUGUCCAACCAGAUACUACUCCAAACCAAAGUGGAAAUAAUGUUGGGUCCAAGUUUGAACAUGAAAAAGCGCCCAGUGGAUUUCAUUUGGGUUCAUCCAGCAAUGGCAAUACCAACCCUUCAAAGCAAAAUCAGCAUGACCCAGAAACUGCAAACGAGAAGACACAACAGAUGGAGGUGCAAGUAGAAGUGGCUCAAAUCGAUGGAAAUGAGUUCUUUGUUAAGGUAUUCUAUGAGCACAAGCCUGGUGGGUUUGUGAGACUGAUGGAGGCUUUGAACUCCCUGGGCCUAGAAGUAACAAAUGCAAAUGUUACGAGCUUCAGGGGCCUGGUCUCAAAUGUUUUCAAAGUAGAGAAGAGGGACAGUGAAAUGGUUCAAGCAGAUCAUGUUAGAGACUCUUUGCUUGAGCUAACAAGGAAUCCAUCCAGAAAUUUGCCUGAGACAGCUAAAGUGCAAGAUAACGGCAGUAGCACAGAUUAUCAUCACCACCACCACCCCCACCACCACCAUCACCACCUCCACAACCACCACAUCAGUUCCCAUCAUCACCUCCACCACCUGCAUAACUAAGCGCAUAUAAUACAUAUUUAUAUUUUCUAAGAUAGAAAUUAUAUGAUCAUCAAGGAUAUCGUCUAGAUCAACAAGGGUGCUGCCAGUCUAUCUGCUAGUUUCAGAUGAUUUUUUUUUUAAUCAGGACUGUUUUUCAAUGAAUUUGUUUGGAAGUGAUUAAAAGUUGUGCUCAGAACUUUUGAAUUGGAAUAUAGGAUCAAUGUCAAGAUAGUGAAGCCUUAAAUUAUAAAUCCUAAAUGAGAGGCAUACUGCUAAACUAAUCAACCAUUGACUCUCUCAACCUUAAAAGUUUCAAAGAAGUUUUUCGCGACUU